GUAAUUAAUAGAACUAAAUUAUGUGCAAAUUAAAAUUCAUCCUUACAUUAAUUUAAAAUACCAACAAAUUUAAUUAAUUCAAGCAAAUAAUUAAUUAAAAAGUAUUAUAAAAUAAAUCCAAAAAAUAUUACUAGAUUUAUCUAAUGAACAAAUUUUUUAUCGCUCUCACUAUUUUAGGACUCUGUGCUGCUGCAAAUUUCAAAUGUACUACUGAAAUGAAGGCUAAUAAAUUCUGCACCAGAGAAUAUAUGCCAGUUUGUGGUAUAAAGAUGGCCGAAUAAGGAAGCUCUAAGUAUAGCUCUAUCAAAACCACUUAUGGAAAUAAGUGCACUGCUUGUGCUGAAGAAGGAGUUGAAUUCUAUGCUGAGGGAAGUUGUGAAGAAUACCCUAAGAAUGCUACUUUUUGCCAUCCUGAAGCUCAUUUGAGCAAGAUAUGCACUAGAGAAUUGUUCCCAACUUGUGGUUUGUUUGAUAGCUCUAUUAUAUGUGCUAAAGGUCCAUGCGGUUCUAAUUUCAAUAAUAAAUGCAUGGCUUGUGUUAAUAAAUAGGUCUCUUAUUUCCUUGCUGGAUAUUGCGACCACAAAUAUAAAUACUGAGAUUUAUGAUUAUAUCAAAUUUAAAAUUAUUCAAAAAUAAUAGUAUUUUAAAUAUAAAUAUAUAAAUAGUAUAAGUAAAAAUGUUUGAAAAUCAUAAAAAAUAUUAAAUAAG